UACGGAGAAAGAAAACAAGAAAAAGACUUCGAGAACAUCACCUGAUGGGGUUUACAUCUCCUUUAUAAAUAAGCCAUCUGAUCAUUCUCAUCUUACACCCACCAGCAGAAAGAGAAGGGUUGCAGGAGAGACUGGCAAAAAGAUGUCUAAGGAAGACUUGCUUCUCUUGGAUUUCUGGGUGAGCCCAUUUUGCAUGAGGGUGAAAAUAGCUUUGGCUGAGAAGGGUUUGAACUAUGAAUCAAAAGAGGAGGAUUUGUUUGGUGGGAAGAGUGAGUUGUUGCUCAAAUCAAACCCUGUUUACCAGAAGGUGCCUGUGCUCUUACACAAUGGGAAGCCACUGAAUGAGUCCGCUAUCAUCGUUGGCUACAUUGAUGAGAAAUGGCCUUCACACCCAUUGCUGCCAGCUUGUUCAUAUGGCCGUUCCCAAGCCCGUUUCUGGGCUGAUUACAUUGACAAGAAGCUAUUUGAUGCAACCUGCACUGUCUGGAGGAGCACAGGAGAGGCUGUGGCGGUAGCCAAGAAAGACUUCAUUGAAGUUCUGAAGGUGUUAGAGGAAGCCCUUGGGGAGAAAAAAUUCUUUGGUGGUGAUACCUUUGGGUUUGUCGAUAUAGUGGCAAUCCCUAUGGCCAGCUGGUUUUAUGCCAGUGAGAAGUUUGGAAACUUCACAGUCGAGGCCGAGUGUCCGAAACUGUCAGCUUGGAUUAAGAGGAGUAUGCAGAGGGAGAGUGUGGCCAAAGCUCUUCCGGACCCAGAAAAGGUCUAUGACUUUGUUGUCAUGUUCAGAAAGAUGCAAGGCAUUGAGUAGUCAAAUGCAUGCAUCUAUGCCCCUUCAACUCUGUGCAAUAAUUAGAUUUAUGCACAUUUGAGUUUAGCGUUGUCAGCUAUGGUCUCUUUCUGGUC